GCUGACGGUCAAUCUGCAGAAGAUGCUUUGUGGGAUUUGUAGUUCUUAACGGUUCUCCCCCCACGCGGGCUCGAUUUGAACAGUCAUGUCCUGGAAUUGUUUUGUGCGCAGGAUAUAAACUGGCCUUAGGAAUCUGAAUGAUGCAUGAAAAAGGCAAGCCUGUAACUGGACGCCAUGUGGUCUGUGAUUGGCUGAGCUGAGGCCCCCCUCUCCCCCGUCUUCUUUUUCUGGUGCAUAUGCAUGAGAUAGCAGGCUGGUGUGUGCCUGUGCAGCUGCCUGUUCCAGACGGGAAAAGAGAGGGAGAGAAACAGGAGCGAGACAUUGGGGAAGGUUAGAGGAAGAGGAAUAGAGAAAGGAAAUCGGGUGAGAAGACAGAGGGCGACUGUGAUUAGGGGGGUUGUGAUCAUGUCUAUGUUCUGUUUGUCUGGCUGGCUUUGAGAUCAGACAGCCAUGGCCAUGUCACUGAGUGCCGACGAUGAGGAUUACGACUCGGAUACAGCCGAACAGCAGCGGCUACCCAACAAACCCAAGCCCAAAAUGGCUGCAUCAACAUCAACAACCCCUGCAGCAACCACUUCUUCAUCCACUGCAACAGCGGUCAAGCUACCGUCCAAUCGGUCCUCCUCUGGAGCUCGCCGUAGACGCACACGAUGUCGAAAAUGCGAGGCAUGUGUGCGGACGGAAUGUGGAGAGUGUCACUUCUGUAAGGACAUGAAGAAGUUUGGAGGACCUGGUCGAAUGAAACAGUCUUGCAUUAUGAGACAAUGUAUAGCGCCCGUGUUACCACAUACAGCAGUUUGUGUGGUGUGCGGUGAAGCCGGUAAAGAAGACACACUUGAUGAUGAAGAUGAAAAAUUUAAUGCCAUGCUCAUGGAGUGCUCAAUCUGCAACGAAAUUGUCCACCCAAACUGCCUCAAGGUGAAGGAUGCAGCUGGGGUAGUAAAUGAUGAGCUUCCUAACUGCUGGGAAUGUCCAAAAUGCAAUUACGCUGGGAAAACUGGAAAAGCCUGCAAGCAAAAACGGGGCCCAGGCUUUAAGUACGCAUCCAACCUGCCAGGCUCCCUGCUGAGGGAGCAGAAAGCAGGACGUGACGGAAGAGAGGAAUUGGACCAGACAUCCACAGGUGCUUCAUCCAUCAAAAGGAAGAGUGAGAGGGAGGAAACUCCCACACUUAAGACUGAAGAGCUACCCUCCCGUCUUCCCCCACUCUUGAGCCCCAGUGGCCUGCCAAGACCACGAUCUGAAGUGCCCAACUUCUUGAGGAAGAAGAGGAAGUUAUUUGAUGAUGACGAAGAGGAAGAGGAGGCUAGUGCUAAAAAGAAGCCAAAGAAAUCCUGGAGGCUUGAAGAGGCUUUGAUUCCCAAACUCUCUCACAUGAAAACAGAAGAGGAGGAAGACAACUCUGAUGAGGAGGAAGAGAGGCAGGAGAAGCGAGAACUGCCUCGUCGUUCAUUUAAGAAAGACUACAGCACAGUAAGAAAAGAGGAAGUGCAUGAGGAAGAGAGGAGGGAGGAGAGGGAUCCACCUUUCAGAUCCCUCAAGGAGUUCAACUCCCUACGGAAAGAGGAAGACCAAGAAGAUGAAAAGGAGGAAGAUGAUGAGGAUGAGGAGGAGGACAAUAAUGGCAAACGAGGCAGGGAUAGUAGCCUUGCACUGAAGAACAUGUCCUUAUCGCUUGAGAGUGAUGCAUCACAGUGCAGCUCCCCAAGAGCAGGGCCAAGCAGCGAAGGUAGUGAGACGCAAGAGAAGGCACCACGUGCUCGGGCGAAGCGACACCGGCGCAAGCCCCCUAACCGCCAGCUCAGUACAGAACUCAGCAAGCAGCUCAACAUGGAGAUCCGUCGCACAGAGCAUUCACUGGCCAAUGAGAACCAGCAGCCACUCAAGAGCGAACCAGAGGACAGUGAAAACGAGGAACCAAAGAGAGGUUUACGGAACGGAACUACAGGGAAUGGAGGAGGAGGUGGAGGAGUAGAAAGAGGAAGUGGUGGAGAGGGAGGAGGGGAGCGCCCGCACUUACGAGCAAGAGAGAUGAAUGGGACAUCUUGGGAGCUGCGACACUUCUACCCACCUCAGAUUACCCCGCUUGGUCUGAAUCGCAGUUCGCCUACAGUCAGACCAAUUCCUGCACGUUCGCCUCCCAAGUGUGUUCAGAUGGAGCGUCAUGUGAUCCGGCCACCACCAAUCUGCCCUCCACCUGAUAGGCUACCACUAGCUGAUGGCCGUAAUCACAUUGCUCCCAGAGAAGCAUGGUUGGCUAUUUUCGGUCACUUGAGUCAUCGUGAACUUUGUGUGUGUAUGCGAGUGUGCCGAACAUGGAAUCGCUGGUGCUGUGACAAGAGAUUAUGGACUCAUAUCGAUUUGAAGCGUUGUAAGUCCAUCACCCCACUGAUGCUAAGUGGGAUAAUUCGCAGACAGCCCAUCACUCUGGACCUGAGCUGGACCAAUAUCUCUAAAAAGCAAUUAAGCUGGCUUAUUAACCGAUUACCAGGGCUGAGGGUACUUCUUCUAUCAGGCUGUUCGUGGGUGGCUGUUUCAGCUCUCUGCACAUCCAGCUGUCCUCUGUUACGUACUCUAGACCUGCAGUGGGUGGAGGGACUCAAAGACCCCCAGAUGAGGGACCUGCUGUCCCUUCCUACUGACAAUAGACCAGGUCAGAUGGACACGCGCAGCAAACUACGGAAUGUUAUUGACCUGCGUCUGGCUGGUUUGGACAUUACAGACAGUUCUCUGCGACUCAUCAUUAAAAAUAUGCCUCUACUCUCCCAUCUGGACUUGAGCUACUGCAACCAUAUCAAUGACCAGUCAGUAAACCUGCUGACUGCUGCAGGGACCACCACUAGAGACUCCUUAACUGAUGUCAACCUUUCUGUGUGUAACAGGGUCACUGAUCAGUCGCUGAGCUACUUCAAACGCUGUGGAAGCAUCUGCCACAUUGACAUGCGAUUUUGCAAGCAGGUGAGCCGACAGGCAUGUGAGCGCUUCAUUGCUGAGAUGUCAGUCAUCGUUCCCUUCCAACUGCAAGAGGAUAAACUGCUCCAAAAACUUCACAGCUCCCCCUAGUGUCUGGGAGGGACUGAACACCAUCUAAAAUGAUACCAUGUAUCAGUUGCACUUGUGUUUGGACUGAAACUGGAUUCACACAUUUGAAAAAAAAAAGCACUGCAACACGUAUGUGGACAAAGCGUUUUGUCAGCACCUUCUAAACGGGAAAGAAGAGCAGACAUACUGUACUUAAAGGCAAAUAAUUCUGCUCAUUCAAAAUGGUGUAUUCUAAAGAUGGACUUUAAUCAGCAAAUUCUGUUCAUCUUUAAGAGGAGAUUAUACAUGCAAUUACCAAGAGAUUGUAUUUAAUAGUUGGUGUGGUAAAAAGCAGAGAAGGCAAUGGACAUAUAUACAUACAAACCAUCCACAUACUCACUGGAUACUACAAACACUUAAUCCAUGAGUAAGCAUGAUUGUACAUUGUUAUUCAAAACCCCUUCAAAUGUUGGUGUUUUUUGUACAAAAGAUUCAAUUCAGAUUUCUGUGCUGUAUUUGGUUCAGUACUGGGUAUAUGUAUUGUUCUCUAUUUUUUUCUUUUUAAUAUAAUGGAAUUUUUAAAUAACUCUCUCCAUUUUAUGUCAUCAGUAUUGGAAUGUUCCAAUCUGAUCAGCAUUUUUCAGACAUUUUGGAGUUUUGACUGCUUUGAAUUCAAGUACUUGCUGUUCUAAUCUCAAAGCAGAUGUAGAAGUGAAAUUUGUUAUUUUGAGGUCUAUUUAUAAAACAGUGCCAUAUUCCAUUUAUGUUGUUUUACAUCAUUUUAACAGGCAAAACUUCAGCCAUCAGUAUAUUUCAUUGCUAUGACUCUGUAGAGCGUGGUUCUCUUCUUUCUCUGCAUGUGUUAGACCAAACAAAUUGCUGAUUACGUAUUCCAAGAAGCUCAGUAAUUUUGUUUAUUUCAAAACAGUCAUUGUAUUUUUUUCUAUAAGGUCAAAAAAAAAAAAAAUAUUGCAGUAUUUGUCUAUGAAAGUAAUCAUGUGCUUUUUUUAUUCCUUCCACAGUGAUUAUUAUUGUAAAAUGGUACUUGUGAUGAUGACAGAUGAUUUUAAUAGUGUGUAUUAUUAUGAGUUUGUCUCAGGAUGGUAACUAUUAGAAAGAGGGAGCGUGCCAUUUGAUCUAAGCCACCAUACUUAUACCACUAUAAAUUAAGGCAUUGUGCGCGAUCUAAAACAUUCAAAUGUACAUUUGGCUAUUUAUAUUUGUAUGUAAUAAAAAAAAUAUAUAAU